AUGGACGAGAGCGAUUGGCAGAUGUCUAGUUUCUCCGACCCAAGUCCACGUUUUUCUCUCAUUGCAUUUCCAUUAAAAGUACGUGAUUCUGUCUUUCGUCGAGUGACAAAGAGCGCUAUGAAACCUCAAGAUAAACGAAACAAGAAACGAUCAAGUACGACAGAUACGACAAGGACAGUAUCAUCGACGGCUUCAACACCUCGUGAUUCAGUGCUUUACGUGAAGCAACAGGAAGAAUAUGAAAAAAAUGUGGAAAAGUUUCGUCUCUUUUGGAACGAGAAAUUACGCAGUACAAUGGAAAGACUCGCAACGGGUCGACUCAAGUGUCAGGAGGCCGAGAAUAGUGUUUUUCAUUUACUACUGAAACUCUAUGCCCAUCAAGAUGUGGUCGACGAAUUAUACAGGAGCUACGACUUGAAUGCUGACGAGUUUGUGUUUUAUAUCCCACAAUUGUGUACAUUUUUCAUGCAUGGUAAUUAUGCAAAACAGCAGGAGCUAGAAUGUUUUCUCAUGUCAAGAAGUGGCGAGUCAUUGUCAUUUGCCCAUCGGUUGACAUGGUUUUUGAGGUCUUUUUGUGGCAAUGCAAAGAAACAUCAAUUUGAGCAUUUUAGUGUAACAGCAGCAGCAUCCGAGAGACAGGAGAAUCCAGAUUUUCUUGAUGCAAUCGGAAAACGAGCAGGUGUGCCGGCAUUGUUGAUGAACAGUGGACUUUGUGUAGAGGAGGUGAUGGCGACGAAUCCCGAUAAUUUAAAGCGGAGACGGUGUACUGCUUUCCCAACGGAUGAUGAGCUACAGUUCACAACGUAUGAGAGUGAUGAAUCCUUUGCAGGACACUUGCUCCAGAGAAGAAACUCCGUUCAGGAUGAAGCGAGGACAGAUGAGGGAAAUUCACAGCAGUUUUUGCUUUUCAAUCAGACGCCAAAGUUUGUAGAGGCUCUUACAGACCUGGCAGAACAGCUUAUUCCCACACCGCUAUCUCAGAGAAACAAUGAAUUGCGCAAAGGGUUAAGUGAAAUUGAUAAGCAAAUGCUGCCCUCCGAUGUGAUCUACCUUCCGAUCGGUAAUCCGUAUCAUCGCAUUAAGCGCAUUCGCGCAGAAGAGUGCUUCACAUUUUCUACAAAGCAGCGCGUGCCGUACUUCCUGUGCGUGGAAGUGUUGGACUACUCAGUCACCCCUCCCUCUGCAGUUUCCAAAAAACAAGUAAAAAAGAAAACGUCAAAAGCGAGUCGUAAUCAGACACGAGUCUUUUCUUUGAAAUUACCGUUCAAGAAGGCUGACGCCGAUUUGGUGGCAGCAGUACAUGACACUCCCAUGUCGAGCAGUACUUCACCAGAAAGUGAUCUGAGCUCAGUGUCGUCGCCAAGUGCUUCUUCUGCGCUGUCAGAAACAGCAGACGAAAGAUGCCCAACAUCUUCACCGUCGUCGGCUUCUUUACAGGAUGUCGAUGAUGAAGUAGUACUGAUUGGGAAUCGGAUGGACAGUGAGGACGGCGAUGACGAAAAGGAAGAAGGUGAACACCAAAAGAGUUUUCGCGAGGGCGACGAUUUUCGAAGAGCUGAAGAAGAUCAACAGAAACGACUGGGUCAAUGGAACUUGCCAAGAUCUCAACGACGCAAAGAGUGUUCUUACAGCGCAUUAGCUUGCUCAGGAGGACAGUUUGAAAGCUUUUACUCGUCCUGGGCUUCGAAUAAGGCACACCAAAGUACCGAUGAAGACGGACAUGUUCCGCCUGUGUUUGAGCCAACAAAGGGUAGCGAUGCUGCUGAAAAGGGCGUUGCUGUUCGUUUGAUGAAGCAUGAAGAACCUGCAAUUAUUACAGAGGUUGUUGCUGGUGUUGGUGAUGGGAAAGUGGAGACUUGCGACCUUCAUGAGGAAUUGUCUGCUCAGUCGACUUCGUUAGUAAGUGACUCCGUAGCUGUGUCCACCACUGAAGGAAGCUUGCUGAUACCAUUAUUCGAAAAAGUGACUUUGGAAGACACUGCUCAAGAUUCUGUGGCGAGUAUAAGCCAGCCUAAUGCUCAACCAAGUACCAAUGAGAAGGGUGCAUGGAAUGGUGUUGAACCUGUCAAGAGUAAUGCGUCAAAAGGCAUGGGUGCUGAGAGGAUUUUUCUUUUUUCUUUAGCAGCACAAGCCCCAGGUCCCUUUUCAACCUUGUUAUUGAAUAAUUCUAUGGACAAUCUACGUCCUUCAAGCUUAGAAGAAAUGCUGGCCUUGGUCAAGAAAGAAAUAAAGCAAGGGGCGACAACAACAGCAACAAAUGACGGAGAAGGUAACGCAGCCGUCACAAUCACGCCUGUGUGCAGUUCUGCGUCUAUUGUCGCGAAAAAGUCAAAAGUUGCUGUCGUAUCGUCUGAUAGUACCUCAGAACCGGCAUGGUCGCUUCAUUCAGGUGAAGAGGGAUUGUUGAAUGAGAUUGAUGCUGCAGGUGUGGAUGAAGAGGAGUCAGAGCCGAUGGAGGCGCUUCCGUCUGAUACUGAUUUUAUCGACAGAGCUUCAGCAUCGCUAAUUGAGAUGAGUGAAGGUGGUGCAACCGACGACGCGAUAGCUGAGGAUGCAGACGGUGAGGACACGGACUCGAAUGAUGGGUGUGUUUGGGAUGACGAAGAAGCUUCGCGCGAACCGGAGCCUUUGCCUGCAAAGAAGUCCACUCUAAAGCCGUUUUCUUUCGUAAUGUGGUUCUAUCGAAAAUCUGUAACCGGAUUUGCAGGGCAAAAACCUGCUAAAAGACUGGAGGGUGCUCCAGCUCUCAUAGAGAGUGCGACUGCAUUGUCUGAAACUGUUAAUCCAGCUGUUGAUACUUCAGAACUCUCCGCAUCUGUCGUUAAAGGCACAAACGUACGAAAGAGCGAGACUCAUUUCCAACAAAGACGCCGUGAUUUGAGCAUUAGCAUCGACUUUGCUGACCCGACGGCGUGGAAGGAAAAAUUUGAUCUGGGUGAUGGCCUUACUGAGGAGGAUCCAGAUGUAGACGCUGUUGAUACCGGUAGUGUGGACGACGAUAAUGAGGUGGAGGACGCACCAUUAAAUGAGGAGGAGGACGAAAAGCCAAUGAUUGUAUUUCGCGAGCGUUGGAGCGAGAAGGAAGCGCGUAUUCGUAGCGAAUCACCGUAUGGCGACCACCCUGGUUGGCGACUUCUUCCUGUUAUUGUAAAGAGCAACGACGAUUUGCGUCAGGAGCAGUUUGCGGCGCAGCUGAUUGCCCAGUGCGAUCGGAUAUUUCGAGAGUACUCACUUCCUCUUUUGCUGAGACCGUAUAACGUAAUUGCUACAUCAGCUAAGACUGGACUCAUUGAGGCCGUUCCAGACACUGUUUCUCUGGAUUCAUUGAAGCGAAAUGACCCCAGUUACACCACGCUCCUGGAUUUCUACGUUCGUCUUCACGGCAACAAGGGUACUGCUGGGUUUGCUCGAGCCCAGAAAAACUUUGUGGAGAGUCUUGCGGCCUACUCUAUGGUCUGCUAUGUAUUCCAGAUUAAAGACCGCCACAAUGGCAAUAUCCUAGUGGACACUGAUGGACAUGUGAUCCACAUUGACUUUGGCUUCUUGCUCACGAAUAGUCCUGGCAGUAACUGGAACUUUGAGCGAGCCCCAUUCAAGCUCACGGAUGAAUUCGUAGAGCUUAUGGGUGGGGCCCGUAGCUCAACAUUCCGCUAUUUCCGGUCGCUCUGUAUCCGUGCAUUUCUGGCACUACGUCGAAACAUGGACCAGAUUGUGCUGCUUGUAGAGAUGAUGCUUGUGGAGAACGCCGACCUGCCAUGUUUUGCUGGCGGGAAGAGGACAGUGAUUGAGGGCCUUCGUGCACGUCUCAAAUCGGGCGCACCUACGAGCACAUGUCAAGUGUUUGUAAACCAGCUGGUCGACCAAUCCAUCAACAAUUGGCGAACGCGCUGGUAUGACAAGUAUCAACGAGCUUGUCUCGGGAUUCUGUAG